AACAGGGCGAAUAUAACAUUUGAUAGCGUAGUCUCUCUCUAAAAAACCAGAGGCUCUUCAAUUUCAACCACACACAUCACAUCUCUCUCCUCUUUGUGUGAAGAAUUUCAACAGCGGCGAACCUUUCGGCAGUUUAACGAUGACUCGCGGUAACCAGAGGGAACGUGAUCGCGAAAGAGCUCAGGCUCGAAACGGCGGCAAAGGCAAGGGCAAAGAUGAUGGCUUGACCCCUGAACAGCGUCGCGAAAGGGAUGCGAAAGCGCUUCAAGAGAAGGCUGCAAAGAAGGCUGCAGGGGCCGCAGGCAAUGCCGGAGGUAAAAGCAACAACAAGAAAUAACAGAUCUGAAAACAUAAUUGUUUUGAAAAUUCAUGUUUAGUUUGAUAAUGAUGAGGAUGGUAUUUGUGUUAUGGUUGUUGUUGUGACUGUAUGUUUUGUGGGUUUGUGUUCUUUGGAUCUGUUUUUGGAGCAAAGAAACAGUUAUAUUUUACUUUCUAAUUCUGUGUUGGCUAUUGACAUGUGAUUAAUAAAAUCUAGUUGUUCUGUUGUUCAUAAUA